ACCAUUCAGGACACCUGUGUCACUAACACGGACACUGCCCUUAACUUAAAAGCCCUAAUAAUAGAGAACCCUUCUCCCUUUCUUUUAUAUAGGGGUUCAUGUCAUGUAACCUAACAUACCCACCCUAAUGGCCUAAGCAAAAAACCAAAAUUUCCGUUAAAGUUUUUAUCUUUUCGGUGAUGGGGGAAGGUUCCUCAGCCAACGCCAAGGACAAGAAAAAGAAGAAGAAGAGGAACCACCGUGGUGGUGGCAGCAGCAAGAAGAAGAUGACCCAUGAGCAGCUUCUUGCAUUCAAGUCGGUCACCGACUGGGUUCACUUGGAUCAGCCAUCAUCUUCUUCUUCUCUUACUUGUCUUGUCGAUGAUUUUGGAGUGCAGAAGGGUCUUGGCAGGGGUGGGGAAAAGGUCGUCUUUGAAUUGCAUUCACACUCCAAAUUCAGUGAUGGCUUCUUGUCCCCUUCCAAGCUCAUUGACAGAGCUCACAUCAAUGGCGUGAAAGUUCUUGCUCUGACAGAUCAUGACACUAUGUCAGGCAUCCCUGAGGCUGUAGAAGCAGCUCGUAAAUAUGGCAUCAAGAUAAUUCCUGGUGUUGAAAUUAGUACAAUAUUCUCUCCAAGUGGAGACUCCGAAGCAGAGGAACCAGUACAUAUUUUAGCAUAUUACAGUAGCAUUGGACCAUCAAGGUUUGAGGAACUGGACAAGUUUUUGUCAAAUAUAAGAGAGGGACGCUUUCUUCGUGCAAAGAAUAUCGUCUUGAAACUGAAUAAGCUCAAGUUUCCUCUUAAGUGGGAGCAUGUUUGCAGGAUAGCAGGCAAGGGAGUUGCCCCUGGGAGGCUUCAUGUAGCCCGUGCUAUGGUCGAGGCUGGUUAUGUAGAAAAUCUCAAACAAGCUUUUGCUCGAUAUCUUUUCGAUGGUGGACCUGCUUAUUCAACGGGAAGUGAGCCUCUAGCAGAGGAAGCAAUAAAAAUGAUCAGCAACACUGGGGGCGUUUCAGUGCUGGCUCAUCCAUGGGCACUGAAAAAUCCUGUUCCCAUUGUGAGGAGGUUAAAAGAAGCUGGUCUCCAUGGAAUAGAGGUCUACAGAAGUGAUGGAAGGCUGGCAGCAUAUAGCGACCUAGCCGAUGCAUACGGGCUUUUGAAGACUGGAGGGUCGGACUAUCAUGGAAGAGGAGGGCACAACGAAUCGGAACUGGGAAGCGUGAACCUUCCGGUGCUAGUGUUGCACGACUUGCUCAAGGUGGCUCGACCAAUCUGGUGCGAUGCCAUCAAGGAAAUAUUGGAGUGUUAUGCUGAGGAGCCUUCUGAUUCGAACCUAGCAAGUAUCACCAGGUUUGGGAGAACCCGGGCUUUUAAGGGAGGUUCACCCUUGAGUUGUGGACAGGACUUGAUUGAUCACUGCCUUCCUCUCUGGCUGAGUACGGAGGAGAUGGAGGAUGCAGAGAUUAAAGCCAUCAAAUUGAAGCUUUCCAAUGUUUCUCUUAGUCAAGGAGGAAUUCAAGUUCUCAUAGAGACUAAAUAGUUGUAUCUUGUAUGAAUCUAGAUAUCUUAAUUUAAUCAUGUCAUGUAACUCUUCCCAAGCCAAUCUAUUUGUAAGUCAAGUUCUUCAAUUUUUCUUUUCUUUUUUUAAUUUGGGAAUAUUUCUAUCA